CGAGGCUGGGGGAGAAAUAAGGGAAAAGUUGAGCUGGGAGAAGUUUGCAGCAAUGCCCUUACUGAGCACUCUGCCGAAUUCCUGUAGGAAGGAAAGAUAGGGGGGCAGAAAGAAAGGAAGAGAGGAAGAAACUGGAAGGAGAAGUAAAGGAUUGUGCUUGAGAGGAGGGGGCAGAAGCUGCUGUGCAUUUUGUUUUGGGGGGGCAAAAUGAGCCUGUUGUCAGCUAUUGAUACCACUGCUCCAGUAUACCAGCCUGCCCAGCUCCUGAACUGGGUUUAUUUAUCUCUGCAAGACACACAUCAAACCAGCGCCUUUGAUGCCUUCAGACCAGAGUCCAGUUCUGCCUCUCACCCUGAUCUCAACAGCUACUCCAAAAGCCCCCCAGAUCUGAGUUCCUCCAUCCACUCCAGCUAUCUGAGCAGUUUUCUGCAACUCCAGAGGACUGAGGCAUUAGGUAACAGCCUUUAUAAGAGUGCCUCUCCAUAUGGGUCCCUAAAUAAUAUUGUGGAUGGGCUAAGCUCGCUCACAGAACAUUUCUCCGAAAUCUCUCUAUCCUCCGAGAAUAGAAAACCCAGCAAAAGACCCCCUCCAAACUAUCUGUGUCACCUCUGCUUUAACAAAGGUCAUUACAUCAAGGACUGUCCUCAGGCUCGUCCCAAGGGGGAAGGGUUGACACCAUACCAAGGAAAAAAACGCUGUUUUGGAGAGUACAAGUGUCCAAAGUGCAAGAGGAAAUGGAUGAGUGGAAACUCGUGGGCCAACAUGGGUCAGGAAUGUAUAAAGUGCCACAUCAAUGUAUAUCCUCAUAAGCAGAGACCCCUAGAAAAACCUGAUGGUCUUGACGUGUCUGAUCAGAGCAAAGAACACCCACAGCACCUGUGUGAAAAGUGCAAGGUGUUAGGCUACUACUGCCGCCGUGUUCAGUAAAUUGUCAGGAGACAGAAGUGAAUCAACAGGCACAAAUUAUGAAAUGCAAGAAACAAAAUGUACUAGUUGGUAAACCAGGGAUGUCAACCUUCCAACUUUCCAGCCAUUGUCUUGCUGAGAUGCAACAGAUUGUGGGCUGAUAAUUUGGCAUCUGUUAUAUCUGUUAUAUUAACUAAUGAUAUACCCUGAGAACUUUAGAAUGUAACAUUCUUCCUGUGUAUUUGUAUAAGAAGUAUUUAUAAAGUAUUACACCUUUUGAAAUAGUGUUACAGAUGUUGCUAUCUUGCUACAGAUUUUUUUAAACAUCUUUUUUAAACAUUAAUUUUGCAGCCGGUUGUAUCUUGAUCAUAACUGAUAGCUGCUUCAUCCAGAGAUGUAUGCAUUUACAUAGAAUUUUGUCUCCAGAAAUUUUUGUUUGGAUAUUUUCAGUUUAUACUACAUUACACUCUAAAAAAUUACCUAACAAUGUACUGAAAAUGUCUAGCCUAUGUGUGGGUUUAUACUUAUAUUGUUCAUAAUUUUUUCCAUCAUUAUAACGUGUCCAAGAUUACAGAGGCACUUGCUAACUAUAUAAUUUGUCUUAUUUAUAGUAUUUAGUGUCUGUGCGCUGUAUCAAGAGGUAAAAAAGCUUGUUCACCUUUAAAUUAACUUUUAGUAUGGCUGAAGGUGUCAGUGGCUCUGCAUUUUAAAGCUGGAAAGAUGCAGAAGAGGAAAGCAAAUAAUGAAAAAAUUAUAAACAAAAAUAAUGAAGACAAAUUGCAAAGUUUCAAUAGGACAUUCUAUAACAUACUAAAAGUUAACUUAGAUGUAAACCACCCCUUUAAGAAUUCAGCGCAGCUUAAUAUCAAAAUUCUGAUAUUUUUACAGCACAGAAACUAUAAGCACUAACAAAAAUACUGUUUUUUUUAACCAAUGCUGUGCACCACUAGAAAUGGCAAUACACAUUUUAACAGACAGAGCACUAAUAAAUAGUGCUGGUUACUGUAUCAUACAAAACAUUUUGAAUGCUAAAAACUGUAUUUAUGAAAGUUUGAAAAGAAAAAAAUAUUUUUGUUUGAAAAUGCUGUUUUCCAUGUUUCUCCUAAAUUUACCAAAUCUACUAAAAUCAUAACUUUUUACUGUUCAUUGUUACCAUUGUGAUUUGACAGUUUUUUCCAUUUUCACCUAAGUUUCUAAAGACACUUUCACAUUUUCACCAUAAAUUGCCAUAGAGCAUUCUUUAUGUAAGGAUUGUUACAAAUGCUGAAGAAUCAUUUUGAAAUGUCCCAGGAAAUCCUAUGGAAAAUCUGCUCUGGAAAUGUAAGUCUAAGCUGCUUAGACUGGGAAAAGCCAACUUCAUACUUGAUAAAUACAGCCCACAAUUUUUGUCAUGUGAAAAUAAAAAAAAAUCUAGCAAGUGAUGGAAACUCUACGUAACUGAAAAUAAUCCCCCCUCCUUGGGAGAUAUGGGGGAUUUGUUUACAUGAAAUAUUUCCCCUUUUGCUGCUAGAAGAGUUUAAGGUCUUAAAUGUUCUCUGCAGCAAAAGGUUUAAAAUAUGGCCUAUAAGCACAACAAGCCUUAUUGGACCUGAUAUUAGCAGUAUUACAUGUUGUGUUUUAGUUUGUAGUAGG